UCACAGAUCAUGGCUCCCUGGCCGGAGGUAGACAAGCCUGAAACCAAUAACUAUAUUGGGGACUCUUCCAAACAAAACCAGAACAUGGCUGGGAAAGAAGGAGAAAAUCACAAAGGCAAUGCGGCUUCACUUGGAAAUAAAGGGGAAAUUCAACCUGCAUUUUCCACAGUAGCUUUGAUAGAUGAGACAAGGCCAGAAGAAGACCCGUGGGCUCUGCCGGAACUGCAGGACACUGGGGUCAAGUGGUCAGAACUGGAUGGAAAAGGAAAAGUCAUUCGUGUACUCUAUGGGAUAGGGAAAUUCAUUAUGCUACUCUGCUUACUCUACAUGUUUGUGUGUUCUCUGGAUGUACUGAGCUCUGCUUUUCAACUGGUAGGAGGAAAAUUCAGCAGGGACAUAUUUAAAGAUGAUUCAGUGCUCUCGAAUCCUGUAGCGGGACUGGUGAUUGGAGUUCUGGUGACUGUUAUGGUGCAGAGUUCCAGCACUUCUUCAUCCAUUAUAGUCAGCAUGGUGUCCUCCACAUUGCUGACUGUUAGAGCAGCUAUUCCUAUCAUCAUGGGAGCAAACAUUGGCACCUCAGUUACAAACACUAUUGUGGCACUUAUGCAAGCUGGGGACAGGAAUGAAUUUAGAAGGGCCUUUGCUGGGGCAACAAUCCAUGAUUUCUUUAACUGGCUAGCUGUGUUUGCCCUGUUGCCCAUUGAAGUUAUUACUGGCUAUCUCUACCAUCUCACCAAUGUGAUAGUUGAGUCCUUUCGUCUUGAAAGUGGUGACGAUGCCCCGGAGCCUAAAGUUAUCACAGACCCCUUUACAAAGCUCAUCAUUGAGCUUGAUAAAUCAGUAAUAAAUGCAAUUGCUACUAAUGAUGAAUCAGCAAAAAACAAAAGCCUGGUAAAGAUCUGGUGUGUCACUGAAAGCAAUGUGACUCUGCAGAAUGUCACAAUUCCACCUUCUGAAAACUGCACAUCUCCUGACUUUUGCUGGACUGAGGGAAAUGUGACGUGGACCCUCAAGAAUAUAACUGAAACAGAGUAUAUCAGUAAAUGCCAACACAUCUUUGUGAACUCAGACCUGCCUGAUCUUGCCAUCGGGCUCAUCCUUCUGGCUUUGUCCUUGCUUGUUCUGUGCUCCUGCUUGAUAAUGAUCGUUAAGCUGUUAAACUCUGUGCUUAAAGGACAAGUGGCAAGUGUCAUCAAGAAGACAAUCAACACUGAUUUUCCAUUUCCUUUUACUUGGCUUGCUGGAUACCUGGCUAUGCUUGCAGGGGCUGGUAUGACCUUCAUUGUCCAAAGUAGUUCCGUUUUCACAUCUGCUAUUACACCCCUUGUUGGCAUUGGUGUUAUAAGCAUUGAGCGCUCUUACCCCCUCACCUUAGGAGCCAACAUUGGCACAACCACAACAGCUAUCCUUGCAGCUUUAGCAAGUCCAGGGAGUACAUUAAAAUAUUCAUUACAGAUUGCCUUGUGCCACUUUUUCUUCAAUGUCUCUGGGAUUAUUCUGUUUUAUCCGAUACCUUAUACCCGCCUACCAAUCCGUAUGAGCAAGACCUUGGGAAAUAUAACAGCCCAGUACAGAUGGUUUGCUAUAUUUUAUCUUCUCCUCUGUUUCUUUCUUUUGCCUUUGUUUGUAUUUGCUCUGUCACUGGCAGGCUGGGGAGUCCUUUUGGGUGUUUGCCUUCCCCUGUUUCUUCUUUUUAUUGCUGUGGUUAUAAUUAAUGUUAUGCAGAAAAGGCGACCACAUUCACUGCCUGAGAAGCUCCAAAACUGGGAUUUCCUACCCUUCUGGAUGCACUCCCUAGAGCCCUGGGACAAUAUGCUUAUGUCUUCACUUGCUUUUUGUGGGAAGCACUGCUGUGGCUUCUGCAAGUGUUGCAAAGUCAAUACUGAACAGGAGGGUGCCAAAGACAACCAGCUAAAAACUAUGGAAGUUUAUGAAAACACCAUGGCAAUGGCUGAUGAAGAAAGAGGUGGAAGAAGGGCACCAGCUGUAGCUUGUGUUGACAAAACAGGCACAAACAACACAGCCUUAUAG